UAAACAAUUGGUUUGUGAGCUCAAACUGCCUUUGGCUGGCUAAGCAAGGGUGGUAUUUGAUUAACUUUCCUGACAUCUGAGCUUUGAGGUGUCCAGAGCCUUGAUCCUGAACUCCCAACGAGCCCAGGAUCUUGAGCUGGAACCUCAGGCUUGGGCUUGGUUUCAAGUCCUUAUCUCAAUUCCUUCCAGGCUUUCAUCUCAAUUUGCACCAUUUCAUCAGUACCCCACAGGCUGAUGUUACAGAGCUGGAAAACAAUCCAGUCCUGAGACAAAGAAAAGGCAAAACAUUUGUCAAAGAAGAAUUGUGAGAGCCAAAGCAGGAUGGGAGACUGGAAAGCCUACAUCAAUACAGUCCUGAAGGACAAAAACAUUGAAGAUGUAGCGAUCGUGGGACAUUCUGACAACAAAUCUGUCUGGGCUUCGAAGCCAGGAGGCCUGCUGGCUGCCAUCUCUCCCCAGGAAGUAGGAAUAAUUACUGGGCAGGACAGAAAGGCAUUCCUGCAGACUGGGAUCACCAUAGCAGGGAAGAAGUGCAGCGUAAUCCGAGACAACUUGCUAGUAGAGAAAGAUGCUGUGAUGGACACGAGAACCAAAGGUGGCGACAGCAGAUCCAUCUGUAUUGGGAAGGGUGCCAAAGCGCUCAUCUUUCUCAUGGGCAAGAAGGGAGUCCAUGGAGGGGCUCUGAAUAAGAAGGUGCAUGACUUGAUAGCGAACAUGAAAGCAAAAGGCAGCUAGAGCCAAGGAUUUGUCUGGGUCACCUUCCUCCUGACUGAUGAAACGUGGGGAAACUAUUGCUGCUUUGAAAUAAAAGGCAUUUAGCAAACUCCA